GGGCGGGCGGCGGGCGGCGGGCGCGCGCACCAUGGGGGAGAAACCGGGGACCAGGAGGAAAUCCUGGGACAAAGAGGAAAACUAGAAGCAAAGGGGAGGGGAAGCUGGAUGAUGCCAUAGCUGUCCGCCCCCAGGUUGGGUGCUUAUUCUAGCUACCACCAUACCAGUGUCUGCUCUCCUUUAUUGGAUGGGGAUACCCGGGGGCCACCAUACCCUUUGUCUCAUGGCCUUUGGACAGUCUGACCUUCUAGGAAGAAGUGGGUCUUCAAGAAGUCGAGCCCUAACUGCAAGCUCACCGUGUACUUGGGCAAGCGGGACUUUGUAGACCACCUGGACAAAGUGGACCCCGUAGAUGGUGUGGUGCUCGUGGACCCUGACUACUUGAAGGACCGCAAAGUGUUUGUGACCCUCACCUGCGCCUUCCGCUAUGGCCGUGAGGACCUGGACGUGCUGGGCUUGUCCUUCCGCAAAGACCUGUUCAUCGCCAACUACCAGGCCUUCCCCCCCGUACCCAACCCACCGCGGCCCCCCACCCGCCUGCAGGACCGGCUGUUGAGGAAGCUGGGCCGGCAUGCCCACCCCUUCUUCUUCACAAUCCCCCAGAAUCUGCCCUGUUCCGUCACCCUGCAGCCAGGCCCUGAGGACACGGGGAAGGCCUGUGGAGUAGACUUUGAGAUUCGAGCCUUCUGUGCCAAAUCACUAGAAGAGAAAAGCCACAAAAGGAACUCUGUGCGUCUGGUGAUCCGAAAGGUGCAAUUUGCCCCAGAGAAACCCGGCCCCCAGCCUUCAGCAGAAACCACCCGCCACUUCCUCAUGUCCGACCGGUCCUUGCACCUUGAGGCUUCCCUGGACAAGGAGCUCUACUAUCACGGGGAGCCCCUCAAUGUCAACGUCCAUGUCACCAACAACUCCACCAAGACCAUCAAGAAGAUCAAAGUCUCUGUGAGACAGUAUGCGGACAUCUGCCUCUUCAGCACUGCCCAGUACAAGUGUCCUGUGGCUCAGCUUGAACAAGAUGACCAGGUGUCCCCCAGCUCCACGUUCUGCAAGGUAUACACCAUCACCCCGCUGCUCAGCGACAACCGGGAGAAGCGAGGUCUUGCCCUGGACGGGAAGCUCAAGCACGAGGACACCAACCUGGCUUCCAGCACCAUCGUGAAGGAGGGCGCCAACAAGGAGGUGCUGGGCAUCCUGGUGUCCUACAGGGUCAAGGUGAAGCUGGUGGUGUCUCGUGGCGGGGACGUCUCUGUGGAGUUGCCUUUUGUUCUUAUGCACCCCAAGCCCCACGACCACAUCACCCUCCCCAGGCCCCAGACAGCUGCUCCUGACACAGACGCCCCUGUGGACACCAACCUCAUUGAAUUUGAUACCAACUACGCCACGGACGAUGACAUCGUGUUCGAGGACUUCGCCCGGCUUCGGCUGAAGGGGAUGAAGGACGAAGAUUAUGAGGACCAGUUCUGCUAGGGGGAGGGGGUGGGCGCUGCUGGGGGAGGGGGCCCCUGCCUCUCCACUCUGCAGCCCCCGGCCCCCCUCCUCCCCUCCCUCCCUCACCAGUCGCCCCCAGACACGCGCUGGACCCAUCUCUUGUGGAAUGUGGGCAUUACUCUUUGGACUCCAGCUGUGCCUCUCCCCAAACCCCCCCGAGGGUGGCAAGCUGUGUUCAAACCUAAAUUUUGUGAGGGGGUUGCUGAAAAGACAGUAGGGAAACUGGGGAGAGGGAACCCCCACGUUCAGCCUCACACCAACAGCUUCAAGGGAAGUCUCUCGAGAAGGAGACCCUCUUCUUGGGGGGUGGGGGGCAAGGCCACUUCUUUGUUUCUGAGCAUAAAGAAGAAAUUAAACCUUUUAAUAGGCA